CACCUUUCCUAACCCGGGACAUUGUGUGUGUGUUGCGGGACUUGUUGUUGCGGAGGCUGAUUUUCCAGCUGCUUUGCCUGCCUUACCUGUCCCAUCCGCCGGUCCUCGGUGCGUCGUGUCCGGCCAGCAGCGUCCCCAGUCUGAUCCGGUUCCAGCCGAGUCCAGCUGUGAGCGACCGGUCUGCUAGAUCACUAUCGUCAGGAUGAAGAUGAGACAGCUCCGAGGACUGAGCGGCUUCAUUCUGUUGACCCUGGCCGUCCUCGCCACCGCCAGGCCAAAAGCAGGUCCAGAGCAGAAAUGCAAAUCAGGUCCGGUGGAUCUGGUCUUCCUCAUCGACAGCUCCCGCAGCGUUAGGCCACAUGAGUUUGAGACCAUGAGGAAGUUCAUGAUCGACAUCCUUGACACUCUGGACAUUGGACUCAACGCCACCAGAGUGGGAGUGGUUCAGUACUCCAGCCAGGUCCGCAGUGAGUUCUCUCUGAAGACCCACGCCAAGCUGGACUCCAUGGUGAAAGGCAUCAAUCAGAUCAUUCCGCUGGCUCAGGGCACCAUGACAGGCCUCGCCAUCAGAUACGUGAUGAACGCAGCCUUUACUGCCGAGGAGGGAGACCGGCCGAAGGUCCCCAACGUGGCUGUGAUCGUGACAGACGGACGUCCUCAGGACCGCGUGGCGGAGGUGGCGGCUGAGGCCAGAGAGAAAGGCAUUGAGAUCUACGCGGUGGGGGUGGCCAGAGCCGACAUGACGUCACUGAGGGCCAUGGCCUCGCCACCCUUUGAAGACCACGUCUUCCUGGUGGAGUCCUUCGAUCUCAUCCACCAGUUUGGACUGCAGUUCCAGGACAAGCUCUGCGGCGUGGAUCUGUGCCUGGAGUCGGAUCACGGCUGUGAGCACAUCUGCGAGAGCUCGCCGGGCUCCUACCACUGCCUCUGCCUGCCUGGAUACACCCUGAACGAUGACGGGAAAACCUGUGCAGCCAUAGAUCUGUGCGCUGAGGGGAAACAUGACUGUGAACAAAUCUGCGUCAGCUCUCCUGGGUCCUUCAGCUGCGACUGCAACAAAGGAUUCAAACUGAACGACGACAAGAAGACCUGCUCAAUGAUCGACUACUGUUCAUUUGGGAACCACAGUUGUGAUCAUGAGUGUGUGAGUGUGCUCAAUGGCUAUCACUGCCGCUGUAACCAGGGAUACAGGCUGCAGGACGACGGCAAGACCUGCAGGGCCAUUGACCUGUGCGCUGAGGGGAAACAUGACUGUGAUCAAAUCUGCGUCAGCGCGCCCGGCGUCUUCACCUGCGACUGCAACAAAGGAUACACACUCAAUGAGGACAAGAAGACCUGCUCACCCAUCGACCUGUGUGCUGAGGGAAAGCACGACUGUGAACAAAUCUGCAUCAGCGCUCCUGGCGCCUUCACCUGCGACUGCAACAAAGGAUUCAAGCUCAACAAAGACAAGAAGACCUGCACAAACAUGGACCUGUGUAACACAGUGGAGCAUGGCUGUGAGCACCAGUGUGUGAGCACUCCAGGAUCUUAUUACUGCAUCUGUCCUGAGGGACAACUGCUGCAGGAGGACGGCAAGAGCUGCGGCACCUGCAAGUCUGCCAACAUCGACCUGGUGCUUCUGAUUGACGGCUCCAAAAGCGUCCGCCCGCAAAAUUUCGAGCUGGUCAAAAAGUUUGUUAACCAGGUCGUGGACUCUCUGGACGUGUCAGCUCACGGCACCAGAGUUGGUCUGGUUCAGUACUCCAGCCGAGUCAGGACAGAGUUCCCUCUCAACAUGUACCACACUGCUGACGAGAUCAAAGCUGCAGUCAUGAAGAUUGAAUACAUGGAGAAAGGUACUAUGACAGGUCUGGCCCUUAAGCACAUGGUGGAGAACAGCUUCUCAGAGGCAGAGGGCGCUCGGCCUGCCAGCCGCAACAUCCCCCGAAUUGGACUGGUGUUCACCGACGGACGCUCGCAGGACGACAUCACAGAGUUCGCCAAGAAGGCCAAAGAAGCUGGUAUCACCAUGUACGCGGUGGGCGUCGGAAAAGCUGUGGAAGAUGAACUUCGCGAGAUUGCAUCUGAGCCUGUGGAGAAACAUUUCUACUACACCACCGACUUCACCGCCAUCAGCACCAUCGCUGAGAACCUCAAACUCAACGUGUGCCCAGAGGAGAGUCAGGGCGAGAUUGAGGUGAAGGAUCCAUGUGCCUGUGAGAGUCUGGUGGAGUUCCAGCAGGCCACCAUGAGCAACCUGGAGCAGCUCACACAGAAACUGGCGGGGAUGACUGCUCGGCUGGAGCAGCUGGAGAACCAGCUCCUCUCCAGGAAGUGAUGCGGUCAUCACACUGAGCAAAGACACCACAGAGGAAGAGUAACAGACUGAGGAGGAGGAGGGCACAUCCUGGCAAGAUCAUUAAAAGGGGAAAUCAGAAACCCUUCCAAUCAAUGGACGAAUCCAAAGUGUCUUUUCACAAAGCCUUUGUAGCCUUCACUAGGUCUGCUGCUCUUCACGUCAAUGAGGAUGACAUUUAACUGAAAGCUCCUGAUACAGAAUCAUACACCCGCUAUCGACGCAGCUGACCCAAUUUGUACACUUUUUGUCUUAAAAAAGAAGAAAACAUCCACUUUCCCCCCCAGAGCAAAGCAGCUGCGACGAAAAACAAACGCUUUCAUACAACAGACGGAUACGACGAUUCCACGAUGAGGGUGUGCGAACAAACAAACGAGCAGAGUUAAAGAGAAAUAUGAGAGAUCGUACAACGUCUGUUAUUGACCUCCAUGUGCGCAGCACCGAGGGGGCCGGAGGCCUGCUGGCUCUCGUUGUAAACCAGCUGUAUUCGAUGUGCUGUAGAUAUUAGAUACAAGCAAUAUUAUUCAGUGAAGACUUGAGCUGCGUCACACACAGUUCAUUCAUAGUCACGCAGCAGCCGUCUGUUUCUCUUAGUGCUGUUUAUACUUGAUCGGUUUUGUACGGUUUGUUAAAUAUGAUGUAUUUAUAGCAGAUUGUCUUUGUUUUUCUACGUACCACAGUAGAAUAGCUACAUUUUAAAAAGGAGCUAUAUAAAUGAAGUGUUAUCACCACUCCCAUGACUAGAUUGGCUGUUUUGUCAAAUCAUUGCUCGUAGAAACUAACUGGCUUCACAGCGUGAAGACUGUUGAGGAGGAAGCUGGGUUAGACUUUUGAAAAAGGGACGUCAAGAAGUUUAAAGUGUCACUAAAGCUGUGGUCUGUUGUCGAUAGAGAAAAUGUGAUGGAUUGGCCUUUCAUGAAUCAAAUUUGUGGUUUGCUCUGCACUUUCUGGAUUUCGUCUCACGGUGAGAGCUAAAAAAAAACCCUCCUGCAGUUCACGUUUGUAUCCGUCAGCCUCAUCAUCGUCAGCCUCGCCUGACCGGGAGAAUGAGGCCUCGCAGGGCACUGUAUGUAAAUUAAUGACCACGUUAACGAUGCUAGAUGCUCAUUCUUGCAGGUUUGUAUAAAAAAAGACCACCACAAAUGUAUGCCCCUUUAUAUUUGAAUGCCUGUAUGUUUUUGUAUGUUUUCUAAUAGCUUUACCUUUUGUACUUCUUCUGAUGAA